AUGACUGAACACAAACAAACUGCAAUUUUGUCAGUCUAUGAUAAAACUGGAUUAUUGGAUUUAGCGAAAGGUUUAGUUAAUGCAAAUGUUAGAAUAUUAGCAUCAGGUGGUACUGCGAAAUUAGUUAGAGAAGCAGGAUUUCCAGUUGAAGAUGUUUCAUCAAUUACACAUGCUCCUGAAAUGUUAGGAGGUAGAGUUAAAACUUUACAUCCAGCUGUUCAUGGUGGUAUUUUAGCAAGAAACUUGGAUAGUGAUGAGAAAGAUUUAGAAGAACAAGGAAUUGAAAAAGUUGAUUAUGUUGUUUGUAAUUUAUAUCCUUUUAAAGAAACUGUUUCAAAAAUAGCAGUUACUGUUGAUGAAGCAAUCGAAGAAAUUGACAUUGGAGGAGUUACUUUAUUAAGAGCUGCAGCUAAAAAUCAUCAAAGAGUUACUAUUUUAUCUGAUCCUAAAGAUUAUUCAAACUUUUUAGAAGAAUUGAAAACUGGAAAUAUUACAACUGAAACUAGAAAUAGAUUAGCUUUAAAAGCUUUUGAGCAUACUGCUGAUUAUGAUGUUGCUAUUUCAGAUUUUUUCAGAAAACAAUAUGCAGAAGAUGUUUCUCAAUUACCAUUAAGAUAUGGUGCCAAUCCACAUCAAAAACCUGCUCAAGCAUUUGUUUCACAAGGAAAUUUACCAUUCAAAGUUUUGAAUGGUUCACCAGGAUAUAUAAAUUUAUUAGAUGCUUUAAACUCAUGGCCAUUAGUUAAAGAAUUAUCAGCUUCAUUGAAUUUACCAGCUGCUGCAUCUUUUAAACAUGUUUCGCCAGCAGGUGCAGCUGUUGGAUUACCAUUAUCAGACGUUGAAAAGAAAAUUUAUUUUGUUGAAGAUAUAGAAAAUUUAUCCCCAUUAGCAAAUGCUUAUGCAAGAGCAAGAGGUGCUGAUAGAAUGUCAUCAUUUGGUGAUUUCAUUGCUCUUUCAAAUAUUGUUGAUAAACCAACCGCACAAAUCAUUUCAAAAGAAGUAUCAGACGGUGUCAUUGCCCCAGGUUAUUCUGAUGAAGCUUUGGAACUUUUGAAAAAGAAAAAAGGAGGUAAAUAUUGUAUUUUACAAAUUGAUCCAAAUUUCACACCAGAAAAUUUGGAAAACAGACAAGUAUAUGGUGUUACUUUACAACAAAAAAGAAAUGAUGCAAUUAUAAAAGGAUCAUCAUUUAAAGAAAUUGUUUCUAAAAAUAAGGAUUUAACAGAACAAGGUGCAAUUGAUUUAACCCUUGCAACAAUCGCAUUAAAAUAUACACAAUCAAAUUCAGUUUGUUAUGCCAAGAACGGUAUGGUCAUUGGUUUAGGUGCUGGUCAACAAUCAAGAAUCCAUUGUACUAGACUUGCUGGUGAUAAAGCUGAUAAUUGGUGGUUAAGACAACAUCCAAGAGUUUUAGGUUUUAAAUGGGCAAAGGGAGUUAAAAGACCAGAGAAAUCAAACGCUAUUGAUUUAUAUGUUUCAAAUCAAAUUCCAACUGAUGAACCUGAGAAAUCAGAAUAUGAAUCAAAAUUUGAAGAAAUUCCAAAACCUUUAACUACUGAAGAAAGAAAAGAAUGGUUAAGUAAAUUAAAUAAUGUUGCAUUAUCAUCAGAUGCAUUUUUCCCAUUCCCAGAUAAUGUUUAUAGAGCAGCUAGAUCAGGUGUCAAAUUCAUUGCUGCUCCAAGUGGUUCUGUUAUGGACAAAGCUGUAUUCAAUGCAGCAGAUGCCAAUGACAUUGUUUAUGUUGAAAACCCAAUUCGUUUGUUUCACCAUUAA